UUUCUAAUAUGAAAUUCAUAGAUCAUUUUUCAUUAGAAUGAAUUGCAAAGUAACAAUUAUUAUGCACCGUGCAAGAAAAGGGAGGCAGAAUACAAAUGAUAGAAUACAUUCAACGAUUCCCGCUAUCCUGACACUUUGUAUGUCAAGUAGCUGUAAUAGAUAUUCUACCAGUAUGUAAUACAAAAUGAAAUUAGUUUGCCACUAAGUACCCAUAAAAAUGAAUUUCUGAGUUAGGUUUCUGAAAUUAUAUUAUCCAAUCUAUAUUUUCCGCUUACCUUACCUGUUUUACUUUUCACCCCGUAUAUUAUUUCUUUUUCCUCUAAUUAUGUUUUUUAAGUUGUCUUUCACCUAACUGUACCUUUUUUGUUGUUAAAAUUUUUUCAAAUCUCAGAAAGUUAUGAAUGAAUCGUUAGUGAUAUUAAUUAUGUAUAUCUUUUUAUUUCAAACUUAUACUAACAUUUUUCUGAAAAAAUUUAAAGUUAUUUUAUUAAAAUGAGAGCCAGACCGUCAUCCAAAAGUUUCAUUCAUACCGUGAAGAUUGUUUGCAGCGAAAGUUUAUUUCGAAAUAAAAUAUAAAGAUAGUACAUGCACUAUAAAUAAAUAUUAUACGUAAGUAAAAGGUAUAUUGAAUUCUCGAUGUAGUAGGAUUGAAUUUAUUAAAGGAUAAUUAUAAUCUUGACGAGGCAAACGGUCACGAAGGAAACUGACAGAGAGGCAAACAGAAAUGACUGGUUCACGCUCGUUAAUGUACCAUUGCAUUUCUGUGUCAGUGGUAAAGGUCUAAUAGCGGACUGGAUCUUUUAUUCUUUUCAGCUUUAUUAUAGAUGCCGGAACACCGAUAAUUUUCCCAGGUUCGUUCGGGAGGAACGAGCGUGAUGCCAUUCAUGCACGGGACACGGCAUUCCAGACAGAAGCGAAGCUUAGCCUACAAAAAUUUGAAAAGCUAUAUCGAAGCGAAGCGUGCACAUAUGAAUUACCGUUUCUUUGUAUCUAAAACACGCUAACGAACGUUCAAACAGUUCCCGUUACUAGAAACAUCGAAUUUUUUCCUGAGAUUCCAAUUUAUCGAAAAAGUGCGCCUUUAAGUAUACAGGCUUUCUACUUUUCAGCGGAAUCUACCUUACCGAUGGUACUGAUACUAAUAUUGAACAGAUAAAGAAUAUAGUGUUUUUAAGUUAUUCAGAAAGUGAACAAAUGUUUAGAAAGUAAAAAAAUUCUAGUAGAAAACGUUAAUGAUGCUUCAUACAUACAGGCAAUGUAUCAUUUCUAAUGACAUGGACUUAUGAGAAAAAUUGGGAUCGUAGAAGUUGCAACGGAUUCUUGCAUGGCACUAAACCUAUGUGGAUUAUUGAACAAAUUGGAAUUUGCGUAUUGUGCUUUUCUGUAGAUAAUCUUCGUAUUUAAUAUCUUUCUUUGACUCUAUAUCUUCCUAUGUGUUUUAUUUUUCUUUUUUUUAUACAAAAUUCAUGGUAAACAUUUCCCUUUGUCAAAAUAUUAAACUGAAGACGUUCUUUUUAUUCGCUCCAAUUGACACAAGAAGUAGGAAGAAAGGAAAGAAGGAAUUAGUACUUCCGAUGGACCUUUUACUUCUACGGAAGAAUUAGUUCACCUUGUUGAAGGUCGUUUGUUAGUCCCGUUACGUUACUAUCCAUCUAUGAUGUAUAUACAUAUAAUGUACACCGUGUUCAACGAACAACGUUUUAAGUAUCUAAUAAUACUUCAAUCUUGAAAUUGAUUAACAAUUCCUACUUUAUGAGACAUAUUAUAUAACUACAUGAGACACGAUCAUCGUCAUUGUAUCGAUAAAGUUUGGAACGAAUCUAAAAAUAUUUAGCGGCUACAAGAUAUUUAUUACAAAUGUGUACUUCGUAGAGCCCGUAAAAGUAGUUUAAUCAUCCAUGCUCGAGAUAUCUAUCCAAGCUGUAUACUAAUUUUUAUAAUAUAUAUAUAUAUAUAUAUAUGUAAAUUCUAUAGAAUUCAAACUACCCGCCAACCGACAUUUUUACUUUUGCUUUGUUUUACCGGCAGCCAUCUUACUGAAUAGAUUAGAUCACGAGAGAAGAACGGUAAGUUAGGGCUUAGAAAAUCGAUUCUCGAUUGGUAACAUUUGUACGACAGAAUCGAUCGUCUUAUUUACCCCAAGGAUUUAUAUUAUAUAUAUAUAUGUGCUCAGUGGCGGAUUUAACCCUUUAGGGGCUCUGAGGUAAACCAAAUUUAAAAGAAGUUUAUCCUGACCAAACGGAUGCCUGUUAAACCAAUAGGAAAUUGAUAUUUACGUCUCCAAACGAUCUCUUUAAUCUCAGUUUUUAAAUGAUCUUUAUCCUCCGGGUAAUCUGUCACAAGAUACGCACGAUACGAUGGUCAGUGUAGAAUCGUCUUCAAAACUGUCAUGAAUACAACAUGGAGCGCUCGAUGGCCAUCUCGAACAUUCUAUACGUGUUGACUCAACAGAUAUCGUACCAGCCAAACUAAAAUCAUUGUCCCAGUCUUCGCCUACCAACAAACGUAUUUUAUGUAAUUCCGAAGAUCGUUCAUCAAGCUUUUCGACAGCCACCUCUCGGUCCUCAUAGCUUUCCGGGGUUUACAGCGUCAUUAGCGUCGAGGUCGCUCUUAUACGCGGUGAUUAGCGAGAUGCUCCUAAUAAGAAGACACGACUCCAGCAUCCCGCUACUGAAACAGUUAUGAUGAAUCGCGACCGCCUAGUCUAGGGUGCACGCAACGCGAAAUGGGCCUUCAAGAAGAAAAGGAAAGCCUCCGGCUGUGGACGAGCGAAUAGGCCAAUCCAACGAUCGAUCGAUGCAUCGUCGUUUUAUUUCGCGUCCAAUUCGUUUGGUUGAUGUCGAAAUCCUUCGUGUGGUUCUUAUUGGAAAGAACUAAUGACACGAUACAGCCGGAGAACGGUUGAAAAGUUUAUCUCAUUCACGAUACGUUUGUAUUCUAACUGGCCUGUGUUAACCGUCUUGAUAAACUCGACGGAAUCGAGGAAAACAAGAAAGCUCGGAACGAUGCCAUUUUUGCGGUCUCGUGGAAUUUGCAUUUUCGAGUAAACAGUCGUGACUGGACACUCUCACACUCUACUUUGUAUUUGUACUUCUAUAAAUGCUAUUGGAGAAAUGUAACGCGACCGGAGAUCUGUUUCACGUAUUGAACGCCAUGAUGCUACACUUUGCAUAUUCUAUAUGUUUCUAUUUGUUUCUUUUACUGUAGGCUCAGAGCCCCUUACAAGCAGAUCGAUUGGAUUUUUACUUCCAGUUUCUUAUAGUACAGCAGAUUCUUCUAUCGGAUUCCUAAUUCUUACAUAAUGUUGCUAUUCUGUUUUAUUUCUCUUAACGGUUAAUUAGUAGCUAGUAUCGUGUACAUCUAUGCGCUAUAAUCUUGCUCUUUGAAAUUUCUCAUAGAUACAUAAGUAUCCACGUUCUAGCCAUGGCAGAGCUACGCUUGAGAAUGAUAUAGCACGAGCUCAGUUCCGGACAGACGCGAAUUAUAAUUAAACUACGAGAUGCAUCCUUUGAACUUUGUCAGAAAUAAUUUCAGUAAUCAACGAAGCAAAAACAUAGGGAAGGAGGGAAAACUCGGUAACCGAACGUUCGUUCGUACAUUGUUUUGUGCGAGAGUAUUCGAUCGCGAUAAAAGGCUGGUGGAAUGUUGAAACCGUAAAAUCUGGACGAAAAGUAUUCGAAAAGUAGACCUUCGGGAUCGACAGCGAACAGAAGCGGCAGAGGAUUGGUCCGUUCCAUUGAAAAUAGUGCCAAAGGUGUGUGGUCAUUGGCCGUGCGGCUUACCCCCACGUGAAUCCGCAAGCUAUAUAGAACACCUCGCGUGGAAUUUCAUCUUCAGAACUGAGAGUCAGUGUCAAGGAAGUCUACCUGGAAGUAACGAAAAUGAAAUACAAUCAGUACGUGUCGCUAUGCUUGGUGGCGCUUGUUCUUGGACAAGCAGCAUCACUGCCACAGCAUCCUCAAUAUCCGCAACAGUUCCAACAGCAGGUGAGGGACGAGAGGAAAUUCGCGGAGAAGCCAAACGCCAUGAAGAAGGUCGCCCUCGAUGACCUGGACGACAUCAGCACCAAUCAGAUUCAAGAAGGUAGCAGUACCGGGUUUUCGUGGUCGAACAUGCUGAGCAUGCUGAUGCAGAUGCUCUUAGGGCAAACAGGCGGUGUAGCCGGUCCAAGCAAAAACGAGAUCGACGAUGGAGCACCAGCCAGUCCUUGGGCAAAUUUACUGUCAGUAGGACUCAGGGUGCUCACCGCUCUUCUAGGAGGUCCUCAACAACCUGUCGAUGGUAUCGACAAGGUUGACAAUCAGAGCAGCCCCAUGCAGGGCAUUUUGACUGCGGUGCUGGGCGCGUUUCUAGGACAGGGCAGAGACCCCGAUCAGGUUGCUGUCAUGGCUAAAAACGCUUCCGAGUUCAUUAGCAUAGUGAUCAAUCUUCUGGACGCGUUGAAGACCUCGUUCUCUCAUCGUUCCCUGGCAGCUAGGUCUAUGGGAAGACGAGACACGGUUUCAGAAGCUGCAGUCGCCUCCAUUUCCAUGCUCAAGGGCUACAUGAGGUCAGUGAAGUCAUUUAAUAACGUUGGUCGUGCGGAAGAUGAAGGUCAACGAGGCUGCGCCGAAAGAGCCCUCUGCGAGGCCAGUGCAGAGUGUGUUGCAGAUGCUCAGGGGACGUCUUCUAUCUUCUGUCAACUUGGAUCGUACGCGACAAGUUACCUGCUCCAAAGGCAGAGCGGAGUAGGUUUCGAAGCACUGUACGAAGCAGGUCGACGCGGACGCACCGGUGAAGAUUGCAGAACCCUGUUCAUGGAUUGCAACGCCGUAUGAAAACCCUUUUCGAUUCCUUCAAGUACGAUUUAGACUCUCUGCGACGCGACUAACACCGCACUCGGUUAUUCCUAACUUCUCUAAAUUAAACUCAACGAGGAAUUCCGUUUAAAACGAUCAUUCCUUCGUUAAAAGAUUUUCUAUUAACUUUUGGAGUGUCUUGGCCGGGUGUGUCGUGUGCCGAAGUUUAAAUCGCACCGAUGGAAGAGUAGCUUUAUACGCGAGAACCGUGUCGAGACCAAACCAGAAUGGUGAUCCUCUUCUCGAAGCUCUCGUUCGACGAACUCGCCUCAUCGAUCGACCAAUUUUAAAUUGGAACAUUUAGAACCGAGACUUAGUCGAAGCGAAAUUAUAACGAAAGUAAGAUCCGAUCUGAAUUGACGAAAUCAUAGGUUUUAUUGAUCGAUUAAUGAUCAGUUUUUAAUACAUUGUUGACCAGUCACUAUUAAACUCGUGUUUACACGUACGGACGUUGUGGCUGGUGAUACAGGCGUUCAUCUUUGGAUAAAAUAUCAAGCAGUAUGCAUCAAUGUUUGCAUAAAAUAGCUAGUGAACAGUGUGUUAAUUUAUUGGUCGAUCAACGUGUCCGACAGCGUUGCUAUUAAUUGGUCGAUAAUCCGUAACGAUUGAUAAAACUCUCCGAGUUCUCUGGGAUGUGGAAACGUUCCUGGCGGAUCCUGAGAGUUCAUUUACGUAAAAGGAGUUCACGACAGAGAGGAUACGCGUGAGAAGAGGCCGUGCACGAAACAAUGGCGAGAGUAUAAUACACUUUAAAGUAGAUGUAGACUGAAUGAGAUUCCAGGGCCUGGACGAACUGUGUACCGUUUGGACAGGUCUCUACGACAAUCACGAUAUUUAUUUCUAUUUAUUGAACUUAGUGGACAUAGAGUUAGCCCGUAGUCGAGACUCGAACAGCUACCACGCAAAGGGAGGACCCGUUCUUUUCCUUGAAAAUCAAUUAUCGAACGUUAAUUGUAAUAUCUGCAUUGUUAAUCUCUGUUUGAAUUGAAUCUGCGUUUUCUUUUUGCCACGAUCCGAGUCGACAUCUUCAAUAUUUAAUCUCUAGCUUGUUCGCAUCUAGCGAGACAGUUUCUUCGUUUAGGGGAGGAAGACGAGCUUUGAGUUGUCGGAUGUUUUACGUUUGGUAAAUCAGAUUGACGAGUUUCUUCGAAUCUUUUUUUCUGGCUUGUUUCAAUGGGAUUCGAGGAAAUUUGUACGUUGGAAUGCCCCUCCCUAGUUUUCUUUUUUACGAGUUAACGUCUCAGGAUAUUGUGUUUGUUUUAUCACCCGCUCAAAAUUAUCUAUUGUAUAUAGGUAUUAUAUAUGUAUACACGUAAACACACACACACAAACAAACAAACACACGGGUGGAGUUUUUUCACAAUAGCCACGUUCUGUUCUAUUUAGCUCAGUUAGCGUAUCUCUUAGACGUAAGUUGUAUGUAUGAUGUGCGGUACGAUGAUAUCUCAAUUGAAAUUAAUAAACGGUCUUAUCGAUAAA